AUGCUUCCCGGAGCCUGGCUGCCCUGGGCCUGCCUCCUGCUCCUGGCCAGGCCCAGCCAGCCCUGCCCUGUGGGAUGUGACUGCUUCAGCCAGGUGGUGUUCUGCUCUGACGAGGCGCUGGCCACCAUCCCACUGGACAUCCCGCCCCACGCCACGGACAUCGUCUUCGUAGAGACCUCGUUCACCACGGUUGGAACCAGGGCCUUCAGCAGCAGCCCCAAACUGACCAAGGUGGUCUUCCUCAACACUCAGCUCCAGCACUUGGAGCCAGAUGCCUUCGGGGGGCUGCCCAGGCUCCAGGACUUGGAGAUCACCGGCAGUACCUUCUUCAACCUCAGCGCGGUCUUCUCCAACCUGACUUCGCUGGGCAGGUUCACCCUCAACUUCAACAUGCUGGCGGCUCUGCCCGAGGGCCUCUUCUCCCACAUGGGCGCCCUGGAGUCCCUCCAGCUGCAGGGCAACCGGCUCCAGACACUGCCCAAGAGGCUCUUCCAGCCUCUGAAAUACCUGAAAACCCUCAACCUUGCUCAGAAUCUCCUGGCCCAGCUGCCCGAGGAGCUGUUUGAGUCCCUAGGUGGCCUGCAGACCCUCCGGCUGAGCAACAACCUGCUCUCCAGCCUGCCCCAGCGUGUGUUCGCCGGACUGGGCAGCCUGCGGGAGCUCUUCCUAGAUGGCAACUCCAUCUCGGCGCUGCCCCCGGCCGUGUUCUCACAGCUCUUCUGCCUGGAGAAGCUGUGGCUGCAGCACAACGCCAUCGGGCACCUGCCGCCCUCCGUCUUCUCCGCCCUGGGCAGCCUGACCUUCCUGAAUUUGCAGGGGAAUGCCCUGCGGGUGCUGCCCGCCGGCCUCUUUGCCCAGACCCCAGCCCUGGUUGGCCUGUCCCUGUCCCACAACCAGCUGGAGACUGUCUCUGAGGGAACCUUUGCCAAAUUAUCCAACCUCAGUUCCCUCACGCUCUCACACAACGCCAUCACUCACCUCCCCGCCGGCGUCUUCAGGAACCUCACCAAGCUGAUCAAGCUCUACCUGGGCAGCAACAACCUGACGGCGCUGCCCGCAGACCUCUUCCAGAACCUGUCCCAGCUCGCGCUGCUCAGCCUCUCCCGGAACCUCCUGACCACGCUGCCAGAGGGCAUCUUCGACACCAACUACGACCUGUUCAACCUCGCCCUGCACGGCAACCCCUGGCAGUGUGACUGCCACCUGUCCUACCUCUUCAGCUGGCUGCACCAGUACAGUGACAGGAUCUUCAACAUCCAGACCUACUGUGCGGGCCCUGCCUACCUGAAGGGCCAGGUGCUGCCUGCCUUGAAGGAGGAGCAGCUGGUGUGCCCUGUCGCCCGGGACCGCUUGGGCUUCCAGGCCCCAGGGCUAGAGGAUGGGGAGCUGGGGGGCGGCUGGGACCUGGCUGCAAAGGGAAGGGCAGCCUGGAGACGGUGCACCUACAGCAACCCUGAAGGUACCGUGGUGCUUGCGUGUGACGAGGCCCAGUGUCGCUGGCUAAACGUCCAGCUGUCUCCUAGGCAGGGCACAGGCUCCCCGGGAAUGGCGUACAAUGCCACUCAGGAGUGGGAACUGAAGUCGAGCUGCGGCACCGUGAGCGUCACUGUGUCUAUUGAGGCUCGGGCAGGGGAGCCGUAG